AUGGACAGGAAUAGACAGAAGGAAAAGUACAGAGAGGUCAGGAACGGACUGAAGGAAAAGUGCAAAGAGGUCAGGAACGGACUGAAGGAAAAGUGCAAAGAGGUCAGGAACGGACUGAAGGAAAGGUACAGAGAGGUCAGGAACGGACUGAAGGAAGGAUACAGAGAGGUCAGGAACGGACUGAAGGAAAGGUACAGAGAGGUCAGGAACGGACUGAAGGAAGGAUACAGAGGGGUCAGGAACGGACUGAAGGAAAGGUACAGAGAGGUCAGGAACGGACUGAAGGAAGGAUACAGAGGUCAGGAACGGACUGAAGGAAAGAGACAGAGAGGUCAGGAACGGACUGAAGGAAAGGUACAGAGAGGUCAGGGACGGACUGAAGGAAAGGUACAGAGAGGUCAGGAACGGACUGAAGGAAAGGUACAGAGAGGUCAGGAACGGACUGAAGGAAGGAUACAGAGAGGUCAGGAACGGACUGAAGGGAAGGUACAGAGGUCAGGAACGGACUGA